GUCCGCAGGCACAGGAGGAGGCAGAAGCAGCAGCAGCAACAGCCACAAGUGAGCGCCCAGCACGAGCAACAGGCGUCACCACCAACCGCCCGGCCAACCGCCCUUCCUUCCCGCCUCCCGUUGACUGACUGACUGACCCCAGGGAUGGAAGGCGCCGCCGCCAGGAGUCCCCCCUGUAAGGGGGAAGACCUGCCCCCCGUGUGGACCCAGAAGAGGGGCUGCGAGGUGUUGAGGGACCCCUCUCUCAAUAAGGGUUUGGCUUUCACCCUGGAAGAGAGACAACAGCUGAAUAUUCAUGGACUGCUACCUCCUUGUUUUCUUAGUCAAGAAGUUCAAGUUUUAAGGGUUCUUAGAAACUUUGAAAGACAAGCAUCUGACCUGGACAGAGGACUCUUCAUCACUCCCCAUGAUCGAGGACAUGUUGGAACACUGCUUAAAGCAUGGCCUGAAGCUGUCAUCAAGGCUAUUGUGGUGACGGAUGGAGAACGUAUUCUUGGCCUUGGAGACCUUGGUUGUUACGGAAUGGGCAUCCCAGUGGGUAAACUAGCACUUUACACAGCAUGUGGAGGAAUGAAGCCCCAGGAGUGUCUGCCUGUUAUGCUUGAUGUGGGAACUGACAAUGAGGAGUUGCUAAAAGAUCCUUUGUAUAUUGGGUUGAAACAUAAACGAAUUAGAGGCCAAGCUUAUGAUGAUCUUCUUGACGAAUUUAUGCAAGCUGUGACUUCCCGGUAUGGCAGAAACUGCCUCAUUCAGUUUGAGGAUUUUGCUAAUACAAAUGCAUUCCGUCUUCUGAAUAAAUAUCGCAACCUAUACUGCACUUUCAACGAUGACAUUCAAGGAACAGCAUCAGUGGCUGUUGCAGGACUUCUUGCUGCUCUACGGAUUACUGACAACAAACUGUCAGAUCACACAAUACUGUUCCAGGGAGCAGGCGAGGCAGCUCUGGGGAUCGCCAAUCUGAUUCUUAUGGCCAUGGAAAAGGAAGGGACACCGAAAAAGGAAGCCAUCAAAAAGAUAUGGAUGGUUGAUUCCAAAGGAUUAAUUGUAAAGGGCCGUGCCUCACUAACAGCUGAGAAAGAACAGUUUGCCCAUCAACAUGAAGAGAUGAAAAAUCUAGAAGAUAUUGUUAACAGUUUAAGGCCAACUGCUCUUAUAGGAGUUGCUGCCAUUGGUGGUGCAUUUACAAAAAAGAUUAUCCAGGAUAUGGCUUCCUUCAACCAGAGGCCAAUUAUUUUUGCUCUUAGUAACCCAACUAGCAAAGCAGAAUGCUCGGCUGAGGACUGCUACACUCUAACCAAAGGGCGUGGCAUUUUUGCAAGUGGAAGCCCUUUUGAUCGUGUCACUCUUCCAGAUGGACGCACAUUUUUUCCUGGACAGGGUAACAAUGCUUAUGUGUUUCCAGGAGUUGCCCUUGGAGUUGUUGCAUGUGGAAUAAGACAUAUAAGUGAAGAAAUUUUCCUCACAACUGCAGAGGUCCUAUGUCAACAGGUCUCAGAUAAACAUUUAGAGGAGGGCCGUUUGUAUCCGCCUUUAGUUUCAAUUCGAGAUGUCUCUCUGAAAAUUGCUGUGAAAAUUGCAGAGAAUGCCUACAGCAACAACACAGCCACUUUCCACCCUGAGCCAGAAGACAAGGAAGCAUUCAUCCGCUCCCAGAUUUAUAGCACUGACUAUGAAAGCUUUCUGACAGACUCUUACACCUGGCCCCAAGAAGCCAUGAAAAUACAGACUGGGAACUUUUAACAGAAAGACAGCAGCACUGCAACAAUACUGGAAGCACUCAGAUAUUUGGUAGCUUUCAACUUUUGUCAAAUCAUAGCACAAUUUGUCAGAACUCAGGAUAUAUUUCUUUUCUUUUCUAGCAGCACUGAAUACUUUUUAAAGCCAUGAAAUUUUGGUAGAAUUGUUACACUUCUUUCACUUUAAGCUAAUUAAUUAAGCUAAAAUAGCACGUGCCUAAGAGAAUAAAAAUCAAUUUAGGCAGUUUUAAAAUAUUUCUUUUGAAGGGGCUCUGCUAAAUUUACUACAGAGCAGUACUGUAGAAGCACAUUUACAAUGUACUUUUCAUAUACUUAGACAUCUGUAUGAAAUUAUGGUCAUAUAUUACAGUUCUGCGCUUAAGUUCAGAUGAAAUUUUUUUGCAAACAAAUGACAAAGCAAUAUAUCAUCAGUAUGAUCAGUUUAAAAGCGUCUCAGCUAUUUAAUAUUUUUCUGGUGACACCUAUAGAAAAAGCAAAAUAAAAAGCUAAGUACUUCUAACCAUAAGUUUUUUCAUGCCAGAUCAAAUGUUCCUAAUCAAGGAAAAGUAGUUUGGGUCAGUAGUUUGCUAGGCAUGUGCACAUUUUUAACAGAGAAGCCAUGUGGUAAACCAA